AUGAGCACGACCAAUUUCUUCCGCUUGAUAGUGAUGAUGAUGUUCAUGGUUAUGACAGUGAUGGCGAAGAAGGACAUGACUCAUCUGGAAAUGGCAGCCCAACGUAGGGCCGAAAAUAUCCAUCGUUUGGACUCGAUUAUAUUGCUGACUUAUAUUUCUGUGCUCGUGGUGAUUGUUCUCACAUCAUGGUUGUUCAAACAUUAUCGUUUCAUGUUUGUGCAUGAAACAGGUCUUACGCUUUUCUAUGGAUUGCUGAUCGGUUUUGUUAUUCGCUACUUCGACAUUGGCUUACUGCAGUCUCAAACGUUAGAUGUUAUUCUUAAAGAUCGCAGGAUGGUAGAUGAACCACCGGACUACUUGAGGCUAGAGGUGAAACCAGAAGGAGCACCGCGGGUAUCAUUCCAUUAUGAGUUGAUGGAAGGUUUCUAUGCCGAUAAAAAGAAGCACAAUGAACAAAAGAUUGAGCAAAAAAGUGCUUUUUCGCCUGAGAUUUUCUUCAACAUCAUGCUUCCACCAAUUAUCUUCAAUGCUGGUUACAGUCUUAAAAAGCGACAUUUCUUCCGGAAUAUUGGGAGCAUAUUGGUUUUCGUCUUUAUUGGAACUACUGUGUCUUGUUUUGUAACUGGAGCGAUGAUGUAUGUUUUCACUAAAAUAUUUGGAAUGGGGUUCUCUUUUCAAGAGCUGUUAUUUUUUGGUGCUGUUAUAUCAGCCACUGAUCCAGUCACGGUAAUUUCGAUAUUUGCUGAAAUGAAUGUUGAAGCAGAUUUAUUCGCUCUUGUAUUUGGUGAGAGUGCGCUCAAUGAUGCUGUUGCUAUUGUCCUUUCCAGCACUAUUGAUAAUUUUUCUGCUGCAGACGAAGUCGGAUCACAUGAGAUUGCAUUUGCAUUAGGAAAAUUUGCGUACAUCUUCUUCGGUUCGCUUUUAUUGGGAUCAAUGCUUGGGUGUGGAAAUGCUCUCAUUACAAAAAUGACUGCAAUUGCUGAACAUCCACUGCUGGAGAGUAGCUUAUUUAUCCUUGUUUCCUACAUCUCAUUCCUCUUAGGAGAAGUUGUAGGGCUUACCGGAAUCGUUUCCGUUUUGUUUUGUGGAAUCUCGCAAGCUCACUACACAUAUAACAAUCUUUCGGAGGAAUCUCAGCACACAACUAAGCAGUUCUUCCAGAUGAUUUCGUUCGUCCUCGAAAGCUUUAUUUUCUGCUACAUUGGUGUUAGUGUUUUCGUGGCAAACAAUCAAAAAUGGAACAUAGGAUUCCUUAUUUUUGCUUUGAUUUCAAUCACAGCAGCUCGUGCAAUGUUUGUAUAUCCAUUGAGUUUUCUCUUGAAUCUUCGUCGCCGUCCUCGUCUUCCGCUAUCUUACCAACACAUGCUGGUGUUCGCUGGCCUUCGUGGUGCUAUGGCUUUCGCACUUGCUGAUCGAAACACUGCUACCGACAACCGUCAGAUAAUUUGCUCUACUACUGCUGCUAUUGUUAUGGUUACUGUUUUCUUCAAUGGAGGGAUGACGUCUUGGAUGAUAGAUCAUCUCGGAAUCAAACACGGUUACGCGAAUGAGCGUUCACGUGGAGAUACUGACGCUUCCUUGCCGGCGGGGGAGGCGGACGAUUUGCGUUUUGCCGGCACGCCUCUUACUCCGAGUGGUUCGAAUCCUUGGGAUAAAGCGUUUUUGCCGCGCAAGUGGUACAAUUUUGAUGCAAACUUUAUGAAGCCAUUGUUGACACACGCAACGCCAUCUCUGGAGCAGACCCUGCCUCCGAUUUGCCUACCAUUCGCUCGUAUGUUUACGUCGUCGAAGCAAGCGACUGCAACUAAUAACCUUUCGAACGACUCCAGCCCCUCUACCUCCGUCAAUGUUGCUGAAGGAUGA